ACCUCGUGCACUUUCAUCAUCAGCGCUCGGCGGUUUGAGUCUCCGCCGGGACGAUGGAUCUCGCUGCAGGGACACGCCAGGACAGCAACGCCGACUGGGUGUGUCUGUGGGGUUCAUAUGGGGUUCUAAGGUGUUUUGGGGUAGGUUCUAUGCAAGGUGAUUGCUAGGUGGUUGAUAUAUGGUUGCUAUGGUGUUCCAGGUGGUUGCUAGUGUCUUGCUAGGUGUUUCCUAGGGUGUUGCUAGUUGUAUGCUGUAGUGUCCCAGGUGGUUGCUGUGGUAUUCCAGGUGCUUGCUCGUGUGUAGCUAGGUAGUUGAUUUCGGUCUCUCAGGUGGUCAGUAUGGUGUUGCUUGGUGGUUAAUAUGGGGUUGCUAGGGUGUUGUGGAUGGUUGUUAUCCCAGAUGGUUGCUAGGUAACCAAUUGUCACCAAGAGCACAUGGAAUGCCUUGAGGAACAUGGACAGGAUUGAAACGGUCAUGAUGUUACUAGGUGGUUAAUAUGGGGUUGCUAGUUGUACGCUAUGGAGUCGAAGGUGGUUGUUGUGGUGUUGCUAUGUGCUUGAUAUGGGGUUGCUAGGAUUUGCCGUUUUCUUUCCGCUUGCUCCUGGAUUGCGUGCUCCUCCCUCAGAGUGACCUUUGUCUCCUGUCAGUCCGAGUGAAUUCGGUUCCCGGGGUCGGGGUUCGCCGAUAGCCGAUUAAUCCGCGUGUCUAACAGGAAGUGACUCCGAGAACAGCUGCUAAUAAACAACACGUUGUUGUGAUGGAACCCGGAGACUCAUGAACUUAACCAUGAAUUCGACAGAGUUGGAUUGCUAGCUGACCAAAAGAUGAUGAUGAUGAUGAUGGUUGUGCAGAUUGUGAAGCUCUAGCUGUGUAAUGAUUACUAGAACUGGUCAGGGAUGGGGAACUCGGAGAGCCAGUACAGCAUUCAGGGGUCUCGGAGCAGUAGCUUCACGCUCCCUAACAGACAGAAGUCCUAUUCAGUGAAGCUCCGUUCUUCCAAAGAAGGCUCACGAGGUCCCGGGUACAAAUCCAAAACAGUAUCGCGCGGCUGUUUGUCUCAGCACAAGGCGUGCGGUCAGUCGUCCAUGUCGAGGCACUAUGACUACGUCGCCAAAGGAAGAGAAGCGAAGAGAAGGAUCAGCGCUCAGUGGAGCGGUUCUCCGAGAGGACGGGCGAUGUCCGAGAACGGUCGCGUCGAGGAGAACGGUCGGGUUUGUAACGGUCACGCCGUGAACGGAUACAAGACGCCCGAGAGGAAGAUCGAACCGGAGGAACUGGAAGAUCAGAGCAGCCCGAGAGUCAUGAUCAAGAGUGACGGAAGCGUCCGGGUCGAGUUUAGCCAGAUGUCUAAAAACUCGACGCUUCCUGGUGAGAACGGAGGUCCCGUCCAGCUGCUGAAGUUUUCCCCAACGUCUCAGUCCGUGCCCGCUCCGGAUCGAGACGCCGGUCUGGCGGCGAAUGGCUCCAUCACCAGGAUGAGCAAACGAGGCUCGCUGAGCUCAGAAGGCAGCUGGUACGACUCGCCCUGGGUGCCCGGUGCCGAGCUGAACGACGUCGGCAUCGGCGUCGGCGUCGGCGCCUCGCCCAACAGGAUAUCAGAGACGCUUCCCUCCGUGCGCAUCGAGUACUGCGACGACCAGCUACCUCCUCUCCAUCUUUACCGGGACCCCGGCACGGCCGCCUCCUUUCCCGCCGCCAAACAUCUGACGCUUGCAAAUGAGCUCUCGUUCAAACACAGGUCCUCGUUUGUGUGCGUGAUGGAAGAACCUGUUCUCGACGAGUCCUCGGGGGCGAGGCAGUACUCUUCCUUCACUUUACCGUGUCCCAAACCCAAACCCAUCGCGGAGAACGCCGGAACGAAGGAACCGGUCCGGAACAGGAUGAGGAGGCUCAGCGAUUGGACCGGGAGUUUGACCAGAAGGAAGAAGAAGUCGAAGGAGCCGCGAUAUAAAGAGCCUGUCGAUUGUUUCGACAGCGGAGUAGACGGUCUGACGGCCGACACCAGCUCGCCGUCUCAGGUGUCCAGUCUGCUGGGGUACCCCAAGGUCCCGUCCCGGGGCCGCUCCCAAUCCCAGGUGCUGCCCUCCUGCGGCGGAUCUUUCGGCGCCCUCCAUCCGGGUACGGACGCUUUGCGGCAAAACAUCUACGACAACUUCAUGAGGGAGCUGGAGACGAGCCACACGGCGGCAGGAAGCGGCGAGGAAAGAGGCGAGAACUCUGCGGAGGACACGGAGAGUAGCAGUCAGGAGACGGUGGGCUCGCUGGAGCAGCUGGAUCUGCUGUGUGAGAAGGAGCAGGGUGUGGUCAGGAGAGCUGGCUGGUUGACCUUCAAGCCUCUGCUCACGCUGCACAAAGACCGCAAGCUGGAACUGGUGGCCAGACGCAAGUGGAAGCAGUACUGGGUGACUCUUAAAGGCUGCACUCUCCUGUUUUACGAGACGUAUGGGAAAGGUUCUCCGGAGCAGGAGACUUUACCGAGUUACGCUCUGCUGGCCGAGGACGGGAUAGUCCAGGCCGUCCCCGAACACCCGAAGAAGGAGAACGUGUUCUGCCUCAGCAAUGCCUACGGAGACGUCUACCUCUUUCAGGCCACCAGCCAAACGGAUUUGGAGAACUGGGUCACCGCGAUCCACUCGGCCAGCGCGUCUCUGGUCGCUAAGCGCCAUGGUAAGGAGGACACGCUGCUCCUGCUCCGAGGGCAGAUCCGCAGUCUGCUGCAGAAGAUCGACAUGGACGGAAAGAUGAAGAAGAUGGCGGAGCUCCAGCUGUCUAUUGUAACCGAUCCAAAGAACAGGAAGGCCAUCGAGAACCAGAUCCAGCAGUGGGAUCAGAACCUGGAGAGGUUCAACAUCGAUUUGUUCCGUAUGCGCUGCUACCUGGCCAGCCUGCAGGGAGGAGAGCUGCCCAACCCCAAGAGCCUCCUGGCCACCGCAAGCCGUCCCUCGAAAGCUGCUCUCGGCCGCCUGGGGAUCUUCUCCGUCUCCUCUUUCCACGCACUGAUCUGCUCCAGAGACGAGGCCACGCUGAGGAAGCGUUCUCUGUCCCUGUCCCAGAGAAGCCGCAGUAGGAGAGGGGUGUUCUCCUCGCUCAAAGGCCUGGACAGUUUGACCAAACGCAGCCGGGAGAAGAGACCCUGCGCCUCCCAGGUGUUUGACAGCGCUGCAGGAGAACACUUGGGCUCAGUUCCUCCGUACAGCAGAGAGAGACUGGACGCGCUGGCUGACGGUUACUCGCUGGCUCCACCCGAUGGCAGUCAGUGGGACGGAGGAGGCGUGGCGGAGAAGCCGGUGUGGGUUUACAUGCCCGACUAUCAGGCGGUCACGGUGGCUCUGAGCGAACAGCACACGGUCACGGAGCUCCUGAACACGGCCUGCAAGGCGCGGAACCUGGACCCCAGCGUACACUGCCUGCGUCUGCGCAGAUGCUUGGACGAUCAGACGGAGAUCUGGACUCCAGCACCACACGAGCUCCUUCAGGACUUGUUGUAUGAUGAGUUGGAGGUCAGCGCUCUCAGUGUGUACACUCUCCACAUGACCAAGCACACAUGCACGGGGGAUUUUGGGUUUGCCGUUACAGGACAUGUGGACGGUCUCAGCCACAGCCGCAUCUUCGUCACUGAAGUUCUCUCCGAUGGAAUCGCCUUCGGUGAAGGUCUGAGGCCGGGCGAUGAGAUCCUGGUUCUGAACGGCUGUCAGGUGUCGUCUCUGGACCUUUCUCUCAUUCAGACCCUGUUCAGUGAGAACACGCUGCACCUGACCGUCAGACGAGAGCCGACCGCCCUAACACACGCACCCCUAACACACACACGCAGCAGCCUGCAGCCAGCGAGGGACUUCCUGUACCGCCAUCAUAGAGCCAAGUCCGCUACAGACGUGUCGUGUGUGUCCGAGGCCUCGGGUAACGCCGACGUAGAGACGAAGCGACAUCAUCGCCAGAGCCUCCGAGCCGCGCAGCACAGCAAGAGCGUGGAGACUGUGUGCACUCUGUAUCACUCCUUCCAAGACGCUUCAGGUGGACUGAUGGAGGUCCAGAAGGAGACGGCGGGGGCGGACGGCGCCCUGACCAGACCCUGUCCACGACACAUGUCCGUCACCGAGAGACUGCGCAAAGUCAUCCAGGAGUUAGUGGACACGGAGAAAUCCUACGUCAAGGAUCUGAGCUGCUUGUUCGAGAUCUACCUGACGCCCCUGCAGAAGGAGACGUUUCUCACGCUGGACGAGAUGGAGAGUUUGUUUGGGAGUCUGCCGGAGAUGCUGGACUUCCAGAAGGUGUUCCUGCAAACCCUGGAGGAGAGAAUCUCCUCGACUCCGGACUUCAGCACACUCGAGACCCCUGUGCAAUUCAAGAAGCUGCUGUUUUCUCUCGGCGGAUCGUUCCUCUACUACGCCGAUCACUUCAAACUCUACAGCGGCUUCUGUGCCAACCACAUCAAGGUCCAGAAGGUUCUGGAAAGAGCUAAGACGGAUCGAGCCUUUAAGGAGUUCCUGGACGCGAGGAAUCCCACCAAGCAGCACUCGUCUACUCUCGAGUCCUAUCUGAUUAAACCGGUGCAGAGAGUGCUGAAGUACCCUCUACUGCUGCGAGAGCUGGUGUCUCUCACCGACACGGACAGCGAGGAGCACUAUCACCUCACAGAGGCCUUGAAGGCGAUGGAGAAAGUGGCCAGCCAUAUAAACGAGAUGCAGAAGAUCUACGAGGAUUACGGCGCCGUGUUUGACCAGCUGGUGGUGGAACAAAGCGGUUCGGAAAAAGAGGUCACAGAGAUUUCCAUGGGAGAGUUUCUCAUGCAUUCCUCAGUGAUGUGGCUGAACCCGCUCCCGUCUCUGGGCCGCAUGAAGAAGGAGCCGGAGUUGACCGUAUUUGUGUUUAAGAAAGCCGUGAUCCUCGUCUGCAGAGAGAGCAACAAGCUCAAGAAGAAAAUGAACGUUCCACGCUCCGCCCACUCUCACGGAGAGCAGGACCCGUUUAAGUUCCGCUGGCUCGUUCCUCGCUCCGCGCUGCAGGUCAGACUGGGCAACACGGCAGAAAGCAGCUGCGUCUGGGAGCUUAUCCACACCAAAUCCGAGCUGGAGGGCCGACCCGAGACGGUGUUCCAGCUGUGCAGCAGCACGCCUGAGAGCAAAGUGAACACGGUCAAGGUGAUCCGAGCCGUUCUGAGGGAAAACGCGCGCAAAGGGAUGCGAGGAACCGAGCGGCCAGCCGAGAGAACCUGCAAAGAACAUCUCGUUCCUCUGAGGGGAAAUUUACCUUCGUCGGCUAAACUCGGUUCCUCUCGAGCAUCCUGGAUGUGCCAGAAGCCCAUCAGCGAUUCAUUGAAGCUUGUGCAUUUAGACACCGAUUCAGCAAGUGAGAGCAGUGGAGACCCGCCCCCUGCCCCACCCACUAACUCCACCCUCAGACACAGCAGCGUGAGGGAGUCGGACAUUCUUGGCGACAAUGACGAUGGCUUCAGCGAGCGCUUGGCUCGCCGUGACUCCACCCCCGGGUCGAUCGAGACUCGGUUCCACGAGCUGUGCCUGAGCGACGGGGCCCGCGAGGACCCCGAAGGCCGUGAAGUGAACUCUCCCGAGACGCAGCCCCAGCUGAGACGGGCUCACUUCAGCGCCGUGAGGCGGCGGUCAGCGAGAAGCGAGCCGAGACGCAGCCCUGCGGCGCUGCUGAAUCUGAGGCGAAACAGCCACUCUCUGGACAACCCGUCCGAGUCCGCGGUGGUCAGCGUCGACCUGAACGCGCUGCUCGAGAGGGACUUCAGCGUCCAGAGUCUCACCUCCGUCAUUAACGAGGACUGUUUCUAUGAAAAGGGCACCACGGCUACGCCCUCAUAGCGACCAAUCUGUACACUGGAGAAGGAAACUCGAAUCUGUGUUGAACGUUCAGGUCGAUGAAUUAAAAGGUUUAGUGAGUGAUUUUGGAUGAACUGGGCGGGGCACAUUAAAAUCACUUACUGCACCUUUAAUAGCCGGAACAACGAUCCAGAUGUUGUAUCUGUUUAUUUAGUGCCUUAUUUUUUUCGCUGUGCUUUUAUUUGUACGUGCUCGGGUCUUAAUCAUCUUAUUUAUUGAUAACUAUAUUCCUUUUGAACAGAAAGCCAAACUACAGGUUAAGAUUAGAUUUUCUUUUCUUCA